UUUUUCGUUCAAAAUUCUCAGUUGCCACAAUUUACAGUCAAAUUAUUUAUGUUUUAAAAGUGUUAAAUUAGCUAUAUAAGUAUAGCUUUGUUUUCAUGAGGUUGUUUGGCAGUAAAGAUGUCAAGUAAAAGUAAAGAAGCAAUUUCUAUAGCCUCUGUCACAGAGGAUGGAAAGUUUUUCUUGAACGUGGACAAUGUGAACGUUCUUUUGGAUAUACUAGCAGACAAAGAAGACGUAGCUAUUAUUUCAAUGGUUGGAGCUUAUAGGACUGGGAAGUCUUUCAUGCUGAACAUAUUUCUGCAAUAUCUAAGAAAGAAAGGGUGGCAAAAUGAAAAUUGGUUAGGACCUGAAGACAAAAAACUUCAAGAUGGAUUUUAUUGUGGAAGAGGUUCAAUGCGUCUUACUCGUGGAAUAAACGUUUGUCCUGAGAUAUUUGAUGUACCAUUAGAAAAUGGAAAAGAGAUAUCUGUAAUGAUUGUUGACACCCAAGGUCUAUUCGAUUUUCAUAGUACACAAGAUACUAAUCAUAAAAUAAUGAUGAUGAGUACAAUACUUUCGUCACAUCAAAUUUUCAAUUGUGUAGGAAUGUUACAGCAAAGAGAUCUGGAAUUUUUUCAUACAUCAGUGAGAUUUGCAAAAACAAUUACUCAAAUGCUUCAAAAGAAAGAAGAACAUCCUUUCCAGGCUCUCACCUUUCUUGUUCGAGAUUGUCACUUCGAUUAUGAAUAUCCUUUAGGUGACAAAGGUGGCUGUGAGUAUGUUGGAAGCAUUUUGAGAGAUCUUUCAGCAAAUAUGCCAGAAACCGUUAAAGAAGUGAAAGAAUCAAUUGCGAUUGCUUUUGAAAAUGUGUAUGGAUUUUUGAUGCCUCCAGCCGAAAGGGAAGUCCAUAGAAAAAAGAUAUCUUCUGAAAUUACUAUUGCAGACAUAAAAGGUGAAUUUUGUGAUUAUGCUUGUCAAUUGACAGAGAAGAUUUUGCAUCCAAAGAACCUUGUAGCAAAACACCUGUGUGGCAAACCAAUGUCCACGAAUACUUGUCUUGGUCUUAUAGCAGAAAUCAGCAAAGCAUUUGACUUGCCUUCUGUAGAUAGAAUGAUUGAUUGCUAUGAUAAAGCAGAAGAUGUAGCUGAUUUUAUUAAAGCUGUGGAAAUGUAUGAGCAACACAUGAAUGAGCAUAUCAGCAAACUUGGCAACAUCUUCUCAGAAAAGGAUGUGAUGGUGUGCCAUGAUAAUUCACUUCAAGAUGUAAAGAAGUUAUUUUCUCAAAAGACAGCAACAGGCUUCGAAGAAGAAAGAAGUGAAAUCUGGAAGCUUAUUAAAGAAGAAUGCGAAAAUUAUUCUAAUUCAGUGAUUGAAGAAAAUAAACAGAAAAAGGUUCAUUUUCAGAGAGAAGAGUGUGAAGAAGACAUUUCUGAUAAAUUGAAAAAUACUCAUCUUUCUGAAAGAGUAGAGUAUUUUCAGAUAUCAAAAAGAAGAACAGCAUCCCAGUCUCAACAAAGGUGUAGUGAUGAUGAGAUGAAUUCAGGAGAUGCUACAAAGCCCUUUUCUGAACAACCUGGAACUACGAAGAAAAAUAUAUCUACGUUUAGUGAAGGAACAACAUAUGAAGUCAAGGCAGAAGUUGAAUAUGUUCCAAGCGCAUUGCAAGAAUAUAAUGUGGAGAGUGCUAUCGAACCUUAUGCAUUUAGAGUGGAUAAAAAAGGAUGCCGAGUCAUCGCACCAUAUUGCAAAUUAUUGUUUCCUCCUAACGCUGUUGAAAGAGCAAUUGAUAUUACAAUGUCUGUAAUGUACUAUUCAGAGAAAGAGGUUGAGGGCUAUGCUUUUAUAACUCCACAUGUGGAAUUCACUUCCAGCAACGAAAUAAAAUUCCUGAGAUAUGUACAAGUUUCUCUUUAUACGUCCUACUCUUUUGCAGAAGUCGAAGAUCCUGUUUAUGUCGAGAUUCUAAAAACAAGCAAAUCUGAGGAUGAUGUAAUCCUGACACAAGUUUGUCUUACAGAUGAAAGAUUUAUUGUAUUUGGCUGCAGAAGCUUUUGCAGAUUUAGUGCACGAGUUCGUGACAGGGAUCAAAGACUUAUGCAAAGAAGAUUUUAUUCUGCGGCCUAUAUACGAAAUGAGAGAACCAAGCAAUCACGUGUUGUUCAUUGGUCCAUCUAUGAAGACAUGCCUGAUACACGCCAAGAUAAAUUGAAGCAUUUGGAAAAGAAAUCAAUAUUCUUUGAUCCUCAGUGUUUUACUCUCAGAUGCCACCACGAUCUUCAGAUCAAACUUAAAAGACAUGCCGCAGAUGUUACUGUUACAUCAGAUGAUGAAAAUAUACUUCCGAGUCAUUUGUUUGGAAAAAAGGUUGAUAAAACAUUGCAAUUUCUAGUUCAUCUUUCUGAAGGGGUUAGACUGCAUGAUGAAAACCUGAAAUUCCAAACUGAGACUGUGGCUAUUGAUAGAGAUACAAAUGCAACAAUACCAAUUGAUCGAAGCUCCUGUUUUAUGAUUUGGAAUGAUGAUAAAUGUUCCUCUGCUGACCAGCAUAAUUACAAUAUUAAUGUCGGAGAAAACGGAAUUGGCGUAAAAAAUGACUUCAAGGUUGCGGGGAGUUCUGUUGAUCCUUGAGUCCCUUCAAACUGGUGUUCGUGGGUGACUUUUUUUAUUAUUUUAUCUUUUAAUAAAACUUCAAUUUAUAGGUUUAUAUGCGUGUUGAUAUCUACCAUUGAAAUAAAUUUAAAUGUAACCCGAUAAUUUGAUAAAAAAAAUGAUAUUUCUUUAUAAAAAAAGCAUUUAACUGCUGAUUUCAUUUUUAAAACAUCUGGUGAUUUCAAACAUGAACAAAUCUCCAUACGAUGCUCUAUCUUCCAGGUUACACACUUGAUGUGAUACAUGAUGCAAGAAUAAAAUGCUUGAUAGUGAAAUACAGCUCAUUUCAUUUCCAUACUAUAUAUUAGUUUUGUUGUGCAAUGUAUAUAUGAUUUAUUUAUCUGAAACUUUAUGAGCCAUACUAUACUAAUAUAUAUUCCAUACUAUAUCAUUCAUUAGAUUUUCUAUUGUCUGAAAUAUUUAUGAGCUUUGAGGAAAACUGUGUCGCAAAUAUAUCGUAUAUACAUUUAUAUAUUCUAUUGAUGUUUAGAUGUUUUUAUUUGAUGGUAGAAUUUUAUUGAUUUUUAUGUCACGAGUCUAAGUUUGGUGGUGAACAAAUAAAAAUAGAACCCAUGAGUUUCUUAAUUGCUUCUACGAUGAUGAAGAAAAUUUAUUUAAUACUUGAAUUCAUGUAUGUGUAUGAUUGUACCCAGGAACUUUAAUAAUCUAAGACGCUUUGUAUAAUUUUGUGUUCUCUCUAUUAUAUGUUCCAUAUUACCUUUUUUCUGUCACUCUGUAUCUUUAUCAUUAUAGCUGUACAAGUCAUAAAUAAUGAGGCUUUUACGCAAAAAAAGCAGAGGUGUAAGAAAUAACCGACUUUUAGCGCGUAAGGGGUCUAAAAUGACAGUCCCAAGUACUGGUUCCAUCAAACGCUCAGUUUCUUGUGCAUUUAAGUCAUUAUCAUGUUGUUUGGUUUCACAUAUUCAUUGCACUACAUCUAGUAUCUAUUCAAAUUCUUUCUCAUUUUCAUUAUUUUACAAAGUAAGUUCUAAAAUGUUUUCAGCUCAAAUUAUUUUUCAAAUUCUUCCACUUUACUAUGCACUUCUGAGACCAAAACUAAAUAUUCAAUAAUAAACAUAUUCAAUUCAGCUUUUGAACCAUUUUUUUAAAUGAAAAUACCUUAAAAAUAUAUCAUGUUACGGAUAUAUGCUAAAAUACUUUUUAUUCUCAUUUUCAAACUGUCCAAUUCACCCCCAGAAUAAGAUAAUUAGCUAGUCAUUAUUACCGUAGCUUUGCUUAUCAAAUUAUAUUUUCUUCUCUGGAAGUGCUGAUUUGUAUUGGUAUUCACUGUAUAUAUGUAUAUAAAUGGUUUACAAUUGUAACAAUUAAUAAUUAUGUUCAACUUAUUUCACUAAUCUUUGAGUAAAUUUACAUAUUGUACUUCUAAUUCAAUUACCAGUCAAGGAUGUAUAUACAUUCAUUUAGUGGUGUUUGAUAUAGCUAACUCUAAAUUGAUUAAGAAUAAUAAAGCAACAUUGUGUGAUUUUA